GCCGAGUCAUCGCCAGGAAUAAACCUCCGACAACAACAGCCUCCCUCGACCUGAAUCAUCCCGGCGCUGCUUUGGGAACAUGACCCAGCCCGUGACUUCACUCGGAUGCUCUAUAUAAGUCCAGGAAAACAACAGGCGCUCGCAGAGCUCGCGGGCUGGAUUUAAUCAAAGUCGGGAACGACCUGAGAGGGAUUUCAGCGAGGGAGCACCGCAGUUAUGUCACAGCCAGCCCCUGUGAAAAAGAAGCGUCCUCCAGUGAAGGAAGAAGACCUCAAAGGAGCCAGAGGAAACCUUGCCAAAAACCAGGAAAUUAAAUCCAAAACUUACCAAGUGAUGAGGCAGUGUGAACAAAUGGGCUCUGCAGCACCUUCUGUAUUCAGCCGGGCUCGGACAGGAGGUGAAACAGUCUUUGAGAAACCGAAGAAUGAGCCAGCCAAGAGCGUUUUUGGCUGACAGUGGAGCUGGACAUGUCUCACCCAAAUGAUUGUUGUAACAUUUUAAAAAAUUUCUAUUCCUUACACGAAAGUCACUGUAGAGUCGAGUAGCUAAUUUCCACUGUAAGUCCUUAAGCAAGGAAUAUACUCAUGUCAAAGAGUAAAACUUCCAUGUUAAUUUUUAUUACAUGCUUUCUUUCUAUGUGUUGGACAAUGUUUGCUAUAAUUGUUUAAUAAAAAAAGGUUGUUGGACUCAACUUGG